AUGGAAGACGGCCCAUCAAUUUCUCGUCCCUUCCUGCAGGGUUACGAAGAGCAGUCAUAUGAGGAUCAGCAGGAUCAGCAACAGCAGCAGCAGCAGCAGCAGCAGCAACAGCAGCAGCAGCAGCAAGAGGACAGCAGCCUCUAUGAGCAUUCAAGCCGUGGGGCCUCGAGGGUCUCCUCGAGUCCCCCCGGCAUAUUGUCUCCUUCAGAGGAUGGCUAUGAUAGAAUAGGAAUUGAUGCUGCUGCUGCUGCUGCUGCAGCAGCAGCAGCAGCAGCAGCAGCAGCAGAGAGUGAAGAAGAUGUAGGGUUUAGGGAUUCUGUUGUUGUAGGCAUACCACCAUCAGAAGAUGAUACAGCAGCAGACACAGCAGCAGACACAGCAGCAGCAGCAGCAGCAGCAACAGGAACAGCAACAUCUUUAUCCUCUGCUGCAGCAACUCCCUUAGUACCACCACAACCAACAGCAGCAGCAGCAGCAGCAGCAGCAGCAGCAGCACAGGAUAUAUAUAAUGGAUCAGGAGGAGAGAAAGAGAAGAAGAGACUGUCUCCUUUAUUAUUAAAGGAGACAAAGGAGACAGCUAGCGAAAGCAUGCAGCAGCAGCAGCAGCAGCAGCAGCAGCAGCGUGUAGCCAUCAUGCAUUAUGCAUGCAUGAGCAUUGUACACACCAACACGAACUGCAGCAGCAGCAGCAGCAGCAGCAGCAGCAGCAGCAGCAGCAGCAGCAGCAGCACGAGCCCGGUAGCAGCAAUAAUUAUUCCUUCCUAUGGAGACCCUUUGGAGGAGAUAUCUAUAGAGAAGGAGACACCUAUAGAGGAGACAGGGGAGGAGGAGACAGGGGAGGAGGAGACAGGGGAGGAGGAGACAGGGGAGGAGACUGUUGCUUAUAUAGAGGAGACAGUUGCCUAUAUAGAGGAGACAGAGGAGGAGACAGAGGAGGAGACAGGGGAGGAGACAGGGGAGGAGACAGGGGAGGAGACAGUUGGUUAUAUAGAGGAGGAGACAGUUGGUUAUAUAGAGGAGACAGUUGUAGAUUAG